AUUGAUAUCUUAAAUUAUAAGCUACAAAGUUAUUUCUAUUUCUGUAUUUAUUGAAAUUCAAACUUCUUAACUUGCAACUGAAAGAACAUGUCUCAGACAUUGACAUGGCAGUAGGAACUGAUAAAUGUUCAUAAACCAAAUAACUGCAUAAGGACUGAAGGACCUAACUUACUUGACCAGAGCCGACUCAUCCAUCUGUCCAUCAAUUUCAAAAUAUCUGACUUCGGGUAUGGAGUUACAAAGCGUCUUGCGUAUCAGAAUGUGCCAAAAGUUGUGGCUGCAACAUAACAUACAAAAAUGUAGCUUUAGUACAUGUGCAUCACUUUGGCUUAGACAACCUAUUAAAAGCAAACGCAGAGUUGUUUUUAGUAGCCCAUUGGCAGCUAAAGCACAAAAGCCGAUAUAUCCUCGAGAUACUAAAGAAGUUUUUUUAGCACAGAGACGAAGACCACAAUGGGAUUUUCCACUGGGAGAUGAUCAGCGUGCCAGUUGGAAACAUAAACAAUGGUAUGAUCCAUACUUCGAUAAAUGGGUACCAAAUUUUAUUCCCCCAAAAAUGAAAACUUUUUCUCUUUAUAAAAAAAAUAAAAGAGGAAUUAUUGAAGAUCAAGAAACACUGGAAAACAAAUUUAAACUUCUACUUGACCACGAUCGAAAAGCAAAAUAUAUUAUUCCCCCUUUGAAUAUGGAAUUUACAAGAAACGCAUCUUAUUAUUAUCAACAUUUAACGCACACUAAGUUUGUUCAUGGAAUGCCAUACAAUAUAGAGUCUAUGCAACUUGAGGAUUCUGUCAUAGAAAAUUUUGAGAGUUUCUUAACAACGGCAAUACAAUUGGAGACUCAUUUUAGCAAGAAAUCAUCAGUUGAAAAGAGUCGGAAACAAAGAGCUGACAGACUUCUUUCCAAUAUUGUACAAUAUUUAAUGGAUAUAACUUCAUCACAGAGUAUUUUUGAAGGCUGUGAAUUGGACCGUAACCCAGAAAAUUCAAUGUUCUGGCAAAAAGGCCGAGGUUUCCAUAAAUAUACAAUGAGAGAUGAUUUACCUAUUACAUUUCAAUCACACGACAACCCUUUGUAUCAGAUUCGAACACAGAAACCACUCAACGAAUUUACUCCGUGGAUGGAAGAAUUCAUGUUGAGUGGAGAAAUACCAUUUCCUGAUGAUGACAUAAUUCCAAGUUGCUAUAGGUUAUUUAAAAAACAAUAUAGGAACACUGUCACACCAGGAUUUCGAUACCAAGCUGGUGAACUCCCAUUAAAUUAUCAAGAAGCAUUAGAAGAAAACAAACUCCUUGAUCUUCCCCCACCUAUAACUGAUCCAUGUAAAUUCGGGCAUACACAGUUUAUAUCAUUACCGGUACCAGAAAGCUUCAAUCGAGACUGGUACAAAGCCAACUUGGAGCAUUGUGACAUCACAGAAGAAAUAGAAGAGCAUAUGAAAGCCCAUGGAAUAAUGAGCGGAUGGACUUGGUCUGCUCCUGUGGCUUAUUAUAUGGGACAUUGGAUGGAUAAUGACAUCACAAAACCAAUAUGCGUACAGACUGUUAUUACUGAUGGAGAAUAUAUCUCAUUCUUCUGUUAUCAACUCAAUACUGUUGCUAUUGAUCCGGAAAAUUUGGAUGAAAAAAUCCACGAGAAGAGAAAUAUUUGUUAUGGAACACCAAUGAUGAGGCUUUAUAAUAAAGUUGAAGGCACCGAUGAUGUUCAAUUGUAUCGUAAUGUAACAACUUUACUUUUAAAAUUCAUUCAUAAUGGUUGUGAUAAUAAGGCAGCAAAUAUUGAUGAUGUUAUCGAACACAAUAAGUCUUUAGAAGUUCAAGAAUUUGAUUUGGAGAAUCCGUUGAUUGAGUUGCAGAAACCAAAGCAUGUUCUGGAAAAGGAAGAACGGGAAGCUGUACUCCAAAUAGCGAGACAGGAAGAAAUUGCUCGAAAUAAGAAUUUGAAGGACAAAGUAAUUGAUUGGGUGAAAGGAUUGGCUGAAUGUGAUGCAACAAUUGUCAUGGAGUUUCCUAUCCAAUCAGAAGAAUAUGCGAUGGAUCAUAUAGUUGUUGAAGAAGCAUCAAUAGCAUUAGUUCGAGAAUUCUUAAAUCGUAAGGGAUGUAAAAAUUCAUUGAGUGCUCUUGACGAUGAACUACCAAGAGGUGAUGCCAGUAUAUGCAAUAGAGCGGAAUUAGCACAAACAUUACACAUAGCUCCCCUUAUUCGUAAAAAUAAAAGCUUGACGGAUCCAUUUCGAACUAUAAUUGAAAUUAUUGUUUGGGAUGUUAUUAAAAAACACAAAAAAUUAACCAAUGAAAAUAAUCAAAGUAAAUUAACACGACCCAGUACAGCGAAAGCUAAAUUGUAUUCUGCUUCAACACCAACAGGGCCCGAGACGUUAGAAUUAAAGGAUGUCAAUUUUGAAAAUAAUGCGGAUGUAUCAAAACCUAUGAAGUACGAUCAAUUUCAGGACUCGAUGCUGAAACAUAGGAGGCAACAACCUGAAUCAACUCGAAAAACUAGAUCAUAUAAUCCUUCUAUUAAUCCUAUGAUAAUUUCUGGUCUCAGAGUUUCAAAUUCACUCACGAAGCACAGACAAAAGAAAGCUAGCUCUGUUGCUGAAAUGUUGUCGGCAAGUCCAGAUAAAAUAAUCUCUUCUCAUGAUACAAUUUCUCAACAAGACGGAAAACAGAAAACCAAAAAUGUUGUAAAUUCAACUGAUCAUACUGAGAAAAGUACGGAAACGAACUCCGCAAUAGUUGCUGAGAAUAAAACACAUCUGAGGAAUUCGUCAGAUCGCUAUGAGCAAUCGUCACCUGGAAAGAAAAAACAGGACACUGUGCUAGUAGAUUUUGAUGAUGAAGAAUGGACCGAAGAUAGUAAAUGUGAAAAAUGGAUUUCAGGACUGGAUAAACUGAGUUUUAAAUAUAAUACUAACAAAUCCAAUGAAGUAUACCAUGCACAACCACAACAAAAGGUUUUGGAAUCUAGGAAUGAAUCAAUUUUAAAUAAAAACCAAAAACCGCAAAAAAUUUCUAGAAAAGUAGGGUUCAAUUUGCCGCAAUCUGGCAUGCCGUUGGAUUUCCAAUCAGCAGUAAAACUUCGCAAAAUUGUGUUUGGGUCUGCAAGUGUUCGGGGAUUCCCAGAACAAUGGAUAAAUCAGUCGUUUAUGUUCAGAGACUGUAAAGAUGAACGUACGGUACGUUUGAGAUUUGGAAUCAUUCAGAAAAAAGGAGGACCAUGCGGCCUUCUUGCUGCUGUACAAAGUUAUGUUUUGAAACAUUUAUUGUUCGGAAAAGUUGGAAAUGACGGAUCGGAAAUCAAAAAAGCAGAACCGUCUGCACUAAAUUGCAAAAACGAAAUCCGCACAAGUUGUCUCGCUGAAGCGAUUAUUGAAAUCCUAUGGCAAGCAGGUGGCGGCCGCCGAGCAGUCGUUGCGUUACUUUCAAAUAGGCAAAGUUUUAGCCCCACCGGGAAUUAUAAAGAAGAUAGUAUUACUGAAUUUAUUGUAACAAAAAAUUGCCAAUCUUUAGAGUCUUUGCAUCACACAAUAUAUAACAGUAUCUCACAAUUUGAAUCUGGACGAGGCGCUGCGAUCUUAUUACUAUAUUCAGCUAUAUUAUCCAGAGGAAUCGGAGAAGUAACAUCAGAUAUGGAUGAUCCUGGCAACAUAUUAAUGGGAGCACAUUCCUAUUGCACACAGGAGAUGGUAAACCUUCUCACAUCAGGUUUUGCUAUUUCCAAUACUUUCAAUGACACAGUGCAAUUAGAUGGAGGUUUGAUAUUAAAAGGUGCCAAAGCUCGUUCUAACAUAGGUUUGUUGUCUUUGUUUGAACAUUAUGGUUCAUGCAAUGUCGGAAGUUACUUAAAAACCCCUAGGUAUCCCAUUUGGAUUGUUUGUAGCGAGAGUCAUUUCAGCGUUUUGUUUUGUUUGAAUCGUGAUCUUGUCAAUGAUUGGACGGUAGAACGUUUGUUUGAUCUGUACUAUUAUGAUGGAUUAGCCAAUCAGGAUGAAGAAAUGAGACUUACUGUGAAUACGAUGCAAAAACCACAACCAAAAAAAGAUAAUGACUUGAUUCCGCCUUUAGAACUUUGCAUUCAAACAAAAUGGCCUGAUUCAGUUAUUGAUUGGAAUGGUACUGAUCCUUUGCUUUAGAGGGCUUAAUUAAUAAAAGACGUAGGAUUACGAUAUCAUUGUCAAAUAUAAUUUAUGUUUAAGUACUGUGUCAUAGGUUUUACCAAAAUAAGUUGAUUAAUUCUUUGAGGGGAUGUCCUUAUCAAUAAAGAUGUGAUAACAAAAUUAUUUUUUGCAAUUUAUUUUUUUUUAAAUAUUUAAUAACAACAUUUUUCAUUUUAGUUGCUUUUUCAACAUCAAAUCGAUAGCGCAGAUCAAAUAUUUACAUGAUAUUCAGUCGCAAAAACAAUCAGAAUAAUAUCAAAACAUUGCGUUUGAAUAUCUGGUCUUCAUUCAUUGCUUGGUUGAAUGGUGGCCUAUGUGUUAGGUUUCCCUAUCAUAAUGACAAUAAGUACUAAAGUAUUACUCCAAUUCAUGCAUUGUUUCAUUCAUUUUCAGUUGCUUGUUGCUAUCUUAUUCUGUUUGACUCAUUUUUGUCACGCUUCUUCUAUUUAUAUGCCAUUUUGAUUGCCUACUUUAGUUAUUAACUGAAAUAACUUUUUAUAUAUUGUAUACUGAUUGUUAGGCAAAAUUUCAAAUUCUGAAAAUAAAAUUUAAAAGCACUUUUCUAAACAGUUGUGAUUUAUGUCCCAUUUUCACAUAUUAAUGUCAUAUAUUAUAUAUUGUGGUUCUUGGCUGAACUGAACGCAAGUUCAUUGCAACUGUAUUAUUGGACCCUCUUGUUGCAUAGGUGCUAUUUGCAAUUCAAAUCAAUAUACUCAAAUAUAUUUUAAAUCACUUUAGUUGAACUUCAAUCCAUGAUUAAUAACAUUUGCACUGUAAAUUUCAAAGCAAUUUUUUCGUAAUCUCACUGUAUUUUCUGUAAAUUUUGUAGUUUAAUAAGUAGUUAUUUAUUUAUGCGUUUAAUUGGUACUCUCUGUGUUUACCUUCUUUUAGUUUAUUCCAAUAAUAUUCUAUAGAGUGGUCUUAUCAUUCAGUAUUUUAUCUUAUUGAAGUGACUUCGUUUAUGAACACAACCAAAUAAUAAGUGCCGAUUAAACUCUAUUAUUCAAAUCCAUUUUUUAGCAUUGGUAGAUUUUUAAAAUCUAUUCGGAUCUGAAAUUUCAAAUAUAUUUUUAUGAAUACCUCUAUGUAAGCUAUUACUUAGAAGAGUUAUUGAUUCAAAUUGAUCGUUAUUUCCAUGUUUGGGCUUAGUCUCACCUAAUCUAUUAAAUAAUAU